CGCGCGCCGUGCAAACCAUUUGGCGGGUUUUCGCUGCUUGAGCUGUUCUGUCCCAGUCCUGGAGGUGCUUCGCGAUAGCUUUUAGGGAGCAGGACGUUCUCCCCAGGAGUGCGAGUUAACGAGCUUUCGGCUUCCUCCCUUCGGGCGCUUGGGGGCUCCUCCCACAUUAAAAAGAAGUGUUUCUCCGUGGCUGAGGCCGGGGCCUUCCGACCGCCGGAGGUCUUGGGCCAUUUGGUCCUCUUCCGUCUCGCUCUCUGUGAGGGUGCCCAGGAUCCGAGGAACCUCGUCCUCCCCAUCAGUCUCCACGCCGUGGGUUCCCGGAACUCAGGUCGGAGCUCGGUGGGCCGGGCCCCCGGCUUCCCUGCGGGGUCACCAUGAGCGUGUGCGCCCAGCGCCUGGUGGAAGAGUUGCAGAUCUUCGACGUAGAAUGCGAGGCGGCUCUGACCGAGAAAUUGGUGGAGCUGUGCCUCCUGUACGGACAGAACGAGGAGGGCAUGGUAGCCGAGCUGAUAGCCUUCUGCACCAGAACGGGGAAAGUUGGCCUCACCCCAGACAUCCUGAACUCUUUUGAGCAUGAGUGUCUGAGCAAAAAAUCGUCCAGAGCGCCCAGGGAUGGUGGGCACGCUGGAGCCAGAGACAUUGUUUCCAUCCAAGAGCUAAUCGAAGUGGAGAAAGAAGAAGAGAGCCUCUUGGACUCCUACACCACGCCCUCUAAGGGUUCUCAGAAGCGAGCUAUCACCACCCCAGAAACCCCCCUAACAAAAAGGACUGUGUCUACUCGGAGCCCCCAUCAACUCCUUUCGCCGUCAAGUUUCUCUCCAAGUGCUACUCCCUCUCAGAAAUACAGCUCGAGAAAUAACCGAGGAGAAGUGGUUACCUCCUUUGGUUCAGCACAGGGAGUAUCUUGGUCUGGAAGAGGAGGGGCCGGUAACCUCAGCCUGAAGGUCUUGGGGGGUCCAGAGUCACUCACCAGGAGCUACAAAUCAAUGUUCCAGAAGCUUCCAGAUAUUCGAGACGUUCUGACCUGUAAGAUAGAGGAACUUGGCAGUGAACUCAAGGAACAUUACAAGAUUGAGGCUUUUGCUCCUGUUCUGGUCCCAGCUCAAGAGCCCAUUACUCUGCUGGGCCAGAUCGGCUGUGACACAAAUGGGAAGCUGAACAGCAAGUCCGUGAUUCUCGAGGGGGACCGGGAGCAUUCCUCGGGGGCUCAGAUUCCAGUGGAUUUAUCUGAGCUCAAAGAAUAUUCUCUGUUUCCCGGACAGGUUGUAAUUAUGGAAGGAAUCAACACGACUGGUAGAAAAUUUAUUGCCACCAAACUCUAUGAGGGUCUGCCACUUCCAUUUUAUCAGCCCACCGAAGAGGAUGGAGAUUUUGAGCAAAACAUGGUCCUGGUGGCCUGUGGCCCAUACACCACAUCCGACAGCAUCACGUACGACCCCCUGCUCGAUCUGAUCGCCGUCAUCAACCGCGAUCUGCCGGAUGUCUGCAUCCUGCUUGGACCUUUCCUGGACGCAAAGCACGAACAGGUUGAGAGCUGCCUGCUCACAAGUCCGUUUGAAGAUAUUUUCAAGCAGUGUCUGCGGACAAUUAUCGAAGGGACGCGCAGGUCAGAAUUGAGACUGUUGGACAGAGCGUCACCUGCCCGGGUUCCCCGCGGCAAGAACUCUGGCUCCCGCCUCGUCUUUGUCCCGUCUGUGAGGGACGUGCACCGCGAGCCUGUGUACCCACAGCCACCCUUCAGCUACUCCGAUCUGCUUCGAGACGACAGAAAGCGAGUGCAGUUCGUGUCUGAGCCCUGCAGCCUCGCCGUCAACGGCGUGAUUCUUGGCCUGACGUCCACGGAUCUGCUGUUCCACAUGGGAGCCGAGGAGAUCAGUAGUACUUCCGGACCUUCAGACAGACUCAGCCGAAUCCUCAAGCACAUCCUGACCCAGAGGAGCUACUACCCGCUCUACCCUCCCCAGGAAGACAUGGCCAUUGACUAUGAGAAUUUCUACACCUACGCACAGCUGCCCGUCACCCCGGAUGUCUUCAUUAUCCCAUCAGAGCUGAAAUACUUUGUGAAGGACGUCCUCGGCUGCAUCUGUGUGAAUCCUGGGCGCCUCACCAAGGGGCAGGUGGGGGGCACCUUCGGCCGCCUCUUCCUCAGGAGGCGGCGGGCGGCGGGCGGGGAGGGGAGGCAGAGUCCGUGCGUGGCCGCCCAGGUGGUCAGGAUCUGAGGCCUGGGCGCUUCCUCGUCCCCCAUCGUGUGGUGCUCGCGGACGUCUGCGAGCCCAGGAGCGGCCCCCCGCCGGGAGCCAGGCCGCCGGAAGGUGCAGGACAGCGGACAGUCACCUAGCGCAGGGAGGCUGCAGGGCACAGGCCCAGCACAGCUGGACCCUGACCCUGACCUGGAGUCGAGCUGCUCUGGAAGAAAGCUCUUGCUUCUUCGUGGACACACAGAGCCCAGGGCGAACUGGCUGUGGACGCAGUGUGCUCGGAAAAGGCCAGAAGGCUUGGUCAUCUCUCGGCGGGAGUCAGACACGGAAACAACUUUUGGAGAAAUAAAAGUAAAUUGCGAGGGGGA